CGAGGCAGUACGCAUGCUUGAGAGUACGCUACAGAUCAAUGUCUGAGUUUCAAUAAUGGGCGUUCCACAAAGUAAAAUUUUCGGCCUACUGAUCUUGUACGUCACGUCCGAAUAUUAUUUAGCUGAACAAAUACAGUUCAUCCAAAGCAUACAUUUUAACAGAGAAAAGUCGGUAUUUACCAGCUUUCAACUACCGCGAAUAGUCGAAACAUUUUGUCGAGGAAACUAUUUGUUAACAAACUAUGGACUGCUGUGUUUUAGAUUUAAAAAAAAAGACUGAUGAUCAUUAAUGUAGAAUGACGAUAAUUGGCUUGAAGCAACUUUUUUCUACACCCAACGUAUUUUGUAAAUAACUUGCAUUUUUAAAAUAGCCAUUACGUUUUUCAUUGAAGUUGUACCAGAUCUAUAGCGUAAUAUUUAUUGUUCAGAUAAUGAAGCUUGACUGUGUGGAUAGAGUAACAUCGAAGAUAUUUAUGAAACUAGGCCACAGAAUCGGUCGUUCUCCUGGGUAUUUUAUCAUUGUUCCGCUUCUAGUGGCAGCAUUAUUUAGCACCGGUAUUCAGCGGAUCAACUACCAGGAUAACCCUGAGUACUUGUUCAGCCCGAGGGAUGGACGAUCCAGGAGUGAGAGAAAGACAGUGGAGAAGUAUUUUCACGUAAGAACAUCAGAAAACUUUGACCUUGGCCGACUAACGAGACCUAGUCGUUUAGGUCGUUUAAUCGUGGUUGCAAAGGAUGGUGGUUCAAUUUUAACAAAGGCAGUUUUUAAGGAACUUGCCCAUCUUGAUGACAUCAUACAAAAUUUGAACAUUACUUGGGAAGAGGAGACUUACACUUAUAAGGAUAUGUGUGCAAAAGUUGAGAGAAAUAGUUGUUUUGAAAAUGAUAUCUUAGACUUUAAGGAAAAAAUUAAAGACAUAGAAGAAGGACGACAGUUACUACAGUACCCAGUAAUGAUCAACAAGGUCACUCAGAAGCGAUAUAACAUGGCAGCUUUUCUUGGUGGAGUCCAAACGGACGAACUGGGCUUUGUUGAACAAGCUUUCGCUUUUAACCUUUUUUAUCCUCUUGACACUGAUAUUAAGAAUGGACAAGCAAGAUCAAAACUCUGGGAACAAAUUUUUUUGCAAACGCUAGAGGACCUUCAACUGGAAGAGAUUACCUUUGGUUACUUUGUAUCAGAUACUCUUGAGAGUGAGCUCGAAAAGAAUACUCAAAGUGUUAAACCAUAUUUUAUUGUUACUUUCGUAAUCAUGAUUGUAUUCUCCAUCUUGGCUUGUGUAACGUUCGAUUCGGUACGGAGUAAACCGUGGUUAGGUGUAUUAGGUUGUUUCUCAACGUGUAUGUCUUUGUCAGCGGCGUUUGGCUUGGUCAUUUAUUGUGGACUGGACUUUAUCGGAAUCAAUUUAGCAGCACCUUUUCUCAUGUUAGGAAUUGGUAUGGAUGACACCUUUGUUCUACUAGCUGCAUGGCGGCGCACUAAUCCGAAAAAUUCUGUAGAAGACAGAAUGGGUGAAACAUAUGCAGAAGCAGCUGUCUCUAUUACAAUAACGACUUUGACCAACUUCAUUUCUUUCUUGGUUGGGGUCAUCACUCCUUUUCCUUCUGUUCAGAUCUUCUGCAUUUACACUGCUAUAGCUGUGCUAUUCACAUAUAUCUGGCACAUCACCUUCUUUGGAAGCUGUUUGGCUGUUAGUGGAUAUGCUGAGAAACGUAACCUCCACGGAAUGGUUUGCAUUCCUACUACACCAAAAUCUUUAGCCAAAAACAGAGGGUUUUGGUUUCGAAUUUGCUGCACUGGUGGUAUCAAUGAGGAAGAUCCAGAAAACGUAGACGACAACUCUGAUAAUGCUUUGAUGUCCUUUUUUCGUGACGAAGUUGGUGGUCUUUUGACUAGAUUUCCUGUUAAAUUUAUAAUAAUUUUCAUCUUUAUGGGAUAUCUUGCUGUAGGAUUGUGGGGCUGCACUAUGGUUAGAGAAGGGUUAGAGCGGCAUAAACUGUCCCGCUUUGAUUCUUACUCAGUCUCAUUUUAUGCGCUAGAUGACAAAUAUUUCCGUAAGUACCCCUAUCGUAUCCAAAUAGUUGUCGAAGGAGAGAUCGACUAUUCCAAUGCUAAAAUGCAAGAAAUAAUAGAAAGUAUGUUAAAGGCUUUUGAAGAUUCUGAUUACAUAUCCAAUUUUUCUUUAACAGAAUCUUGGUUACGGGCUUAUUUGUCGUUUCAAAAUGAUGGAAGAACAAGUGGUUUAUUAUCAGGUCUAAACAUGAGCAAUCCUAGAGAUUUUAUAAUAGGACUAAAAGAUAUUUUCCCAAGGUUACCUUUGACAAAACGCUUCAAACAGGAUAUCGUCUACAAUAAACUAGGAACGGCUAUUAUAGCUUCAAGAUUUCUGGUUCAAUCUGAGAACAUUCUUGAUGCCAAUCAAGAAAAAAAUAUGCUAAUUAAACUGCGUGAAAUUGCAGACAGUUAUCCAUUCAAGGUGACCGUGUUUAACCAGUAUUUCCUUUUCUGGGACCAGUUUAUAUUGGUGCGAGAAACAUCUAUUCAGGCAAUCAGUGUAGCAGCUGCUGUUAUGAUGGUCAUCUCCCUUUUUUUUAUACCAAGCAUCAGCUGUGCUGUGUGGGUAGCCUUUUCAAUUAUCUCGAUAGAAAUUGGAGUAAUUGGGUACAUGACACUUUGGGAUGUAAAUCUCGAUUCAAUAUCAAUGAUUAAUCUUAUCAUGUGUAUUGGGUUUUCAGUAGAUUUUUCUGCUCACAUUUCUUAUUCAUACAUAUCUGUAAAGAAUGAAUCGCCAAAUGAUCGUAUUCGGACAGCUCUAUACUCACUGGGGACUCCAAUUCUACAAGGGAGUAUAUCAACAAUUCUUGGUAUAUUGUCUCUUGCUUUUGCACCCUCGUAUAUUUUUAAAACCUUCUUUAAGACGAUGUUCUUAGUCAUAUUGUUUGGUGCAUUGCAUGGGCUUUUGCUUUUACCGGUAUUAUUAUCGCUCUCAGAAUAUUGUUGUUCUAAAACAAAACACAAAGAUACGGUCGCAAGUAAAAUUAGCAACCCUUUCUUCAUUAAUCCAAAUGACAAGGUUUCAAUCGUGGGUUCAGUUGGAAAAGGUUCAAAACCCCUAACUAACAGGUUGUCUUCAAAUGAUUCAAUUGUUUACAGAGAUCUAGAAGAAGAAAGAGUGGCUACUUGGAGAUGUAGUAAUAAUGAUUUAAAGCGACAAGAAAAUAUCGUUUUGUCUACUGAGAAAGACCCGGAGUUUGACACAAAUGUAGAAAAAAGCAGACGGAAAAGCUUACCACCUGGUGAACAGUCUAGUUCAGUCCAUUACUCUGUCAAUGAGGAGUAUGACAACGUCGCAUUUGAAACUGACGAUAAAAUAGAAUAUUUGGCUGCUCCAAAAACUGUAUUUCAACUUUCUGACAAGGGUUUCGAAAGACAUAAGAUAUAUUCAGGAGAUGAUUCAAAAUCUACAGAGGGAAAAAACCGGCAGUCAGCAAACACAAAAAUGUCAAAUAAAGAAGAAAACUUAGAGCUACCAAAUACUUUCAAUGUUAAUAGCGAGCAUGCAAAUGAACUUCAAAGACCUAACUUAUGAAAACAUCUGAAUGAACCGCAGUUUUAUAUAAAUACUUUUAAAAUAUGUAUGGUUAAAUAUCAGCUUUAAAAAAUUAUUUUUAAGAAGUUAAAUUAUUCUUAAUUUUUAUAAUUAUUGUCAAACCUAAAAUUUUAAGAUAAAUUUUUAUUUAAAUUGGCGAAGGUGUUUACAGAAUUAAUUUAUCUGUAUAAUGGCUGCUUUAAAAUCAAGAAGGCACUGCGUCUGAUAUUGGUUGGUGUACUUUGCUCAAGUACGAAGAUUGGAAUGUUAACAGAAAAAUAAAUAUUUUCUAUGUUUUUCACCUUAAUUUUAUCUUUUACCUAACUUAUUAAUUCUUAAGUUUGAAAAUGGUUAGUGUUAAAGUAUAUUUGUUAUACUUUCUCAAAAUAAUGAAAAGUAUAUUUGUUAUAUUUUCUCAAAAUAAUGAAAAGUAUAUAUUGAUUUUCGAUAACUUUAACGCAUAUAUUACGCACCUGCUAACACUUAUAUUUCUUGCUAAUCGUGUUACAACUGUAAGUAAUUUGUUCUAUAUAUAACUCAGUGUGUCUUUAAAUGUCUCCAAUCUAUAGUUUCAAUGUUCUCUGUAGUUGUGAAACGAAAACAAAGUUGCAUAUAAAUACUACACUGUAUUUUUGCUUAGUUGAUAAAAUACCCGGAACUUGUAAGCAGUUGUAAAAUUUUGAGUCAAAAGUAAUUAUAAUAAUUCGUUAUGUUUAUCAAAUAUUAGAUUUAAAAGUCAUUUAUACAUAUAUGAUCGCUAUCAUAAGAACCGUUUUUUCUCAAAAAUAUAAAUUUUGAAAUUGUUUUUAAGUUCAUUGAAAACCAUUUACCUUGUUAUUUAUCGGAAGAAUGGGUGAUUAUAAAAUUUAAGAACUCUAUCUUGAUCAUUUUGAAAUAUUCGUAAUUUCAAAAUAACCUUUUUAAUUUGGAAAUAAAAAACUUA